AUGGCGCCCGGCACACUUUCGCUGCGCCGAUGGACGCCUGUGCCGAUAGAAAAACUUGAGCUCUCUUUGAAGCUCUUAGCAGAGUUCUUAGCAGAGUUCUGCAGCGGAAAUGCCAUCGGGGAAAAGAACAUUUGUACUCUGCGUGGGAAGUGUUUUACUGGGAAACUUGAUCUUGUCAAACACCAGAGAGUCCAUCAUGGACACAAGCCGCACAAAUGCCUGCAAUGUGAGAAACAGUUUGCUCUACGGUGUCAACUAGUGAGACACAAGAGGAUCCACAAAGGGGAGAAGGCCUACAAAUGCCCUGAGUGCAAGAAGACUUUUAUCUGCUCAGAAAACCUUAGGAUCCACCAGAGAGUUCAUGCCGGGGAGGAACCUUAUAAGUGCAUGGACUCUUACCUUGUGACCCACCAGAGAGUCCACACUGGGGAGAAACCUUACAAGUGCAUAGAGUGUGGCAAAAAAUUUUCUCAACCGUCUAACCUUGUGAUCCACUGGAGAUCCCACACUGGGGAGAAACCUUAUGAAUGCACAGAGUGUGGCAAAUGUUUUUCUCAAAAAGCUCACCUUCUGAUCCACCAGAGAUCCCACACCGGGGAGAAACCUUAUGAAUGUGGGGAGUGUGGCAGAUGUUUUUCUCGAGAACCUCACCUUGUGAUACACCAGAGAUCCCACUCCAGAGAGAAACCUUAUGAGUGCCUAGAGUGUGGCAAAUGUUUUUCUCAAAAAGUUCACCUCUUGCCUCACCACCGGAGAGUCCACACUGGAGAGAAACCUUACAAGUGUACGGACUGUGGGAAGGGCUUUGCUUACAAUUCUGAUUUGAUGAUCCACCAGAGAGUCCACACUGGAGAGAAACCAUACAAAUGCACCGAGUGUGGAAAAUGUUUUCAAUGCAACUCACACCUCGUGAAACAUCGGGCAAUCCAUACAGGGGGCAGAAAUCAUAAGUGCCCUGAGUGUGGGAAAUGUUAUCCUGACAAGUCUACCUUGGUCGUCCACCAGAGAGCCCACACGGGGGAGAAGCCAUAUAAAUGCACCGCGUGUGGGAAAUGCUUUACUUACAAUGCAAGUUAUAGAAAGCACCAGAUAAUUCACACUGGAAAGAAAUGUGAGAACACUGUCUCUUGA